GCUCUCACUUCUCCUUUCAGGGCUUAUCCAGCUCGUAGAGCUCUAUUCAUAUCUGCACAUUCUCCAUGCACAAGGCGGAGUUUACCCAUCAAGUGUACUGCCACUGAAGUGCCAGCUGUAUUUUGUUCUUGGCUCAGACAUGGAAUCACAGAGAUAAUAAUUUAAGGGUCUUCAUCAUGAUGGCACGACUCCUCUUGCUGUUGCCUUUGUUGUCACUGCACCGUGUACUUGCCGCAUCCCACAACACUCCUGACUGUGUGUUGCUGCAGCCGAAUCCCAGCGAACCCGACGGAGCUCCGGUGGAGCUGGGCAAAGAGUUCACGGUCACCUGCCUCCUGCGCCCCCCCCUGAAGGCAGAUGACAUCGUCUGGGAAUACAACAACGGCCGGGCCCAAGUCGAGCUGCCCAAGCACCUCUAUAGGAAGAUCAAUGACACGGCGGGCACCAUCACUUUCAACGUGACCGAGGACAUGGCCAAGGACAAGUUCUUCACGUGCAGCGUCAAGAACGCAGACACGUUGCCCCAUAACAACUGCCGACUCCACAAAUGGGGGAUACUGCUCGAUAAAGGAUACCCACCGCAGGUGCCCACCGACGUGACAUGUGAGGCAUUGCAGGAGGGCAUCGUCAUGUCCAAUAAUGUGACGUGCAAGUGGAACCCAGGAAGCAGGGAUCCGAGGAUUCGCACCACCUACACGCUUUAUAUAGAAGUUUCGGGGCAAAAGUUUCACAGGCGUGCAACCCGCCACUCGGGCACAGUGGCACUGGAGGUCUUCCCCCACCACGAGGACAUGCGUAUUUGGGUUGAGGUUGUAAACGCGCUGGGGAAUGCUACUUCUGAGAUCAUUGAAGAGCCCGCAGAAAACACAAUCAAGACCAAUCCACCGGCAAAUGUGAAGAUUCCAGAACCAGCCUUUUCAAAGUCGCUGUUGGUCCAGUGGAAGCCUGCUAUCGCCCAAACCUAUGUGCGGCUGAAGUAUGAGAUCAGGUAUCGCGAGAGGGACUCACGCAGCUGGCAGAAGGUGCCCCAGGAGGACACGAAGGACAGCUUGGACUCCUUCCGGCUGCAGGGGCUGAAGCCUGACAUGGAGUAUGUGGUGGAGGUGCGCUGCAAGACCGAGGACGACCUGGGCUACUGGAGCGACUGGAGCAAGGCUGUCACCAAACGCACCACCGAGGACAGUCCGUCCUCAGCCCCUGACAUCUUGGUGAAGGCUGUUAGGUCCAGCGCAGAUGCCCCUGCCCUCGACGUCCAGCUCCUCCUCAAGAAACCAGUGGAUUCCAAUGGAAAGAUCCUUGCGUAUAACAUCACAAUUUUGGAGAAGGGCACUGUUAAACAGGUCCUUACGCUCCCUUAUCAAGCCCACCAGCCUUUCCAGACGUACGACUUCAAUGUACCAGUACAGAAAGACUUGGUCGCUUCUGUUCAAGUCACUGCCAACAACUCGGUUGGGGUGUCGCCCCUCGCAGAUAUGGCCGUUCCACUAACUGUUCGAGAGCUCCCCGCCGUGGAGGACCUGGUGGUGUACUCCCAGAACGACACGUUCCAGGUGGAGUGGAGCCACCCUGCCGGCCUCCAGGGCCCCGGCCUGCCCUCCGAGUACAUUGUGGAGUGGCGCUCCCUCCCAGAGGGGCAGUGGAACUGGCAGAGGGAACCGCGCAACGUCACCAAGACACACAUCAGAGGCAACGACUUACGGCCCUUCGUACCGUAUAACGUGACAGUGACCCCCAUCUACAAGCGACAGUAUCAAGAGACAUCGUCCCCCAACAUCAUUGUCAAACCGUCUGGAAACCCCAAGACAGUCACCUUGUAUCUUCGAGAGGGUGUGCCAGUAGCGGUGCCGGUGGUGGAUCUGGUGCGGACGUGGAAGCACAGUGCAGAGCUCAAGUGGACGGAGAUCCCCCUGGAGAAGAGACGCGGCUUCAUCAACAACUUCACCGUCUUCUACGAGAGCGAAGGCCAAGUCCUCUCGGAGACCGUGCCACCCAACGUGCACCGGCUGACGCUGACCAACUUGCAGAAGUACCAGUACUACACCAUCAGACUGGUGGCCUCUACCGUGGCAGGGGCCAAAAGCAGCGACCCCUUCAACAUGAGGACCGCCCAAUACGAUCCGGGUGAGAUUGAGAUGAUUGUGGUGGCGGUGUGCUUUGGCUUCCUCUUCCUCACCAUGCUCACCCUCCGGAUCUGCUUCAAGAACAAAGAAACGCUCAAGAAGAAAUUCUGGCCCCAGGUGCCCGAUCCAUACAACAGCACAGUGGCUAAAUGGUCCCCAGACCUCUCAGCCAGGGCCAGCUCCCCUAAGGAGUCCCCGCUGGGCGACCUGAGCGUGGUGGAGGUGGACGUGUUUGAGCGGCGCUCGCUGUGCGGCGGCGGCGGCGGCGACAUGGACGACAAGGCCUCUCUGGCCGCCCUGAAGAAGGACAAGUACCUCUCGGAGGAGCACAGCAGCGGCAUCGGCGGCUCCUCCUGCAUGUCCUCGCCGCGCCAGAGCGUCUCCGACAGCGACGAGGCCGACUCGGGCCAGACCACCGGCAGCCUCGUGCAGUACUCCGCCGUGGUGGGCCAGUACAAGGGCCAGACGCCAGGAGGGGGCGCCGGCUCCAGCUCCUCGUCUUCUUCCUCUUCGUCGUCGGCAGCAGCAGCGUCCAACAACAACUCCUCCUCAUCAUCAUCUUCUUCGUCCUCCUCCUCCUCGGACGCGGCUGGCAUCAAUGGCAGUGGUAAUAGCACAGGCAUUGGCGCCAACAACGCCACCACUCCUGCCACCACCACCUCCAGCCAGGCCCACACCUUCGCCCGCUCCGAGUCCACCCAGCCCCUGCUGGAGUGCGAGGAGCAGCAGGAGGGCUCUGGUCCACACCACCACCACCAGCACCACCACCAGGGGGGCAGAGCUGGCUCCCUCUUCAGGCGGCAGCCCCACCACCUUGGGGACGUGGAGAGAGGCGAUGGGGGUGGCAGUGGGGGAUCCAUGAGGGGGCAGCACCCGUCGGAGCAGGAGGAGCAGGACUGCGGCUCGCUGGAGUUUUGCCCAGUGGAGGAUGCUUCGGAGCCCACACAGCUGCCCGCUGCUGCUACUUCCGGGGUGGCAGGGGCUGCUGACCACUUGCCCCUCAACCUGGGGCUGGGCAGACCGGCGUAUAUGCCCCAGCAGAGUGGAUACAGGCCUCAGUGACCUGACGGACCUGACCUGGGCUGCGUUUUCUCAACUGCGUCGUUGCCAACUUAAGUUUGCUAGCAACGUAGUACGUUGCCAAUGGUUGCCAAGUGAGUUGCUAACUGGCUAGCAACGAUGCUAACUAAAUGAGGCUAGUAACGUUGCUAACUUAAGACUGUUAGCAAUUUAGUGGGUGGCCCCAUGGGGAAUUGCAUUACAACCAAGUGAGCUGCUAACUGGUGGUUUGCGACAAUGCUUUCGAGAAACCUGGGCCUUGACCUGAACGGAAUGUGCACCUGACGUGACUGGUCCAUCAAGCGUAAUUACACAAACACAGAGUCAUACAGACACUCGAUGCCUUCAGUCAACUCUCUCUCACUCUGUCACACACACACACACACACACACACACACACACACACACACACACACACACACACACACACACACACACACACCUCUUACACAUCUAACGAUCAAAAUACAUGACAUAACGGGUUCGGGUGGGGGGGUUGCUUAUACAGUAUGCCUCAGCAGAGUGGAUACAGGCCUCAGUGACCUGACGGUAAACUGUGGCCUGACCUGAGCUGAACUGAACUGAACUGAAGAGAUUGCACCUGACCCAGUCAUCACUCAGCGGUCAUACUUACACAAACCUACAGAUGCAGCCAGACACUUGAUGCCUUCAGUCCACACACAAUGACCAGAAGACAACACUUAAAAACACAUUAUUCACACAUUUCCCUACACAUGCAAACACACACUCGCACGCAAACAGAGUGAUAAAACCACAACAUUGACAUUGACACAUUAUCAAACACCCUAUCCCUCACACACACCCAGUGAUGUGAAUCAACACUCAACCCCCACUCUUAAUGUUACAAGGUAACACUCACAUGCUAUAUGUUCCCUGCGGCCCAAUAACAGUGGACAAAAGACUCAGUGAGGACAUCAACCACCUCCACAUCCACCAAUCAACUGUAGCCUUCCUCAUUGACAUUCCCAUGCCCACCUGCCUGUUGUUUUGAAGGUUCCUACUCCCCACCACACACACACACACACACACACACACACACACACACACACACACACACACGCAAAGUGCAAAACCGGUUAUGAACUGACAUCGGUGGUAUUUUAUCCCCUUGAGUAGGCUACAAUCAAUUUGAUUUGUUUUGUGUGUGUGUGUGUGCAUGUGUGUGUGUGUGUGUGUGUGUGUGUGUGUGUGUGUGUGUGUGUGUGUGUGUGUGUGUGUGUGUGUGUGUGUGUGUGUGUGUGUGUGUGUGUGUGUGUGUGUGUUUGCAGCGCUUGUCCACAGGCCAAUUAGCAGCUGCGUUUUUGCACUUCACCAGAAAGAAACGUGUAAGCUUUUUUUUUGAGGACUGACAAAUGAAGCAUAGACCCAUAUUUCUGUUUUUCAUGUGUGUGCAGUGUUCUUCCUUGGUCAAAAGAAGUCAUGUCGCUGUGCCUUUGGGCCUUUUUACGCCAGACGUGCCACCGGACUGAAGCGAUUUUUACCGGCAACGGUGAAAACGCAUGGAAACAGAUUAGAUCUUCCACACCACGACAAUGGCGGUAGUCGGGCGGUAGCGGCACGGCAGACGGUUCAUUGACGCGCUGCAGUCGGAAAAUCCAACUCGAGCGGAAUUGUAACGGCGGCCUCUGGCGGUGUCUCAUUGAAAUGAAUGGCAAAGUAGCCAUAUGCAGGUGGGGGGUUUGAACAGAACUGGCCGCGCAUGUCGGCGCGAUCAGUGUUAAAGGCUGAGCAGAAAGCACUGCCUGUGACUGGGUGGAAAGACAGCCGUCUUCUGGCUGCCGCCACCAUGCCACACUCUGGUGUGUCACUGGCCUUUGUGAGUCAUUCAGCUGCCACAUCAAAGCAAAACCAACAAAAACUGCGAGCAAGGAGUCUGCCCAAGUCCUUUAUCCACUUCGUCCAAUUCACACACAACUGUUAAUUGUACCAGCAUGUACACUGCAGCCGUGACAGAACCGUACAUGCACACCUUUUUGAAGUCAGCCAAGUGACGCUUGCUUGGCAUCCUGCCAUUUGGAUGGACUGAAACCAGUGUUGCAAGAACAUUUUGCUCGCCGCAAACUUUUUGUUUUCUUUUUUUUAAAGUUCCAAGUGAAUGAUUUCUCUUCCGUGAGUUUUCAUGGAAGACCUUUCAAUGGAUGACAUGUUGCUGAUACAUGCAAAAGAAUGCAAUGCAGUUGUAUUUGAAUCUGUGUUACUACUUGGGUCGUUACUGAGGUAUGGGCGGUGUGGGGGGUUGGGGAAAAUAUUUUGGUGUAGAGUUCUUGCACACCUCCAUUGGUCAGGUGCGUCGGGAGGGGAACCCCUGGGUCACCCAUUUUAGAGACAAGAAAGCUCCCGCAUACACUGUCUACAUUUGCAAAGUUUAAUGGCAAUGUUUUGGUCUGUUGACCCUCUUCAAGCAAUUCAACAUUUAAAGGUGGGGUUGCAGGUUAACCAUUUUAAGAAUAUGUACUAUUAUGACAUCACGUUGGGGGUUCCGCAGUCUAUGUAGAACCUUAGAAUCCUGAGGGAGUUCCCCCAACGUGAUGUCAUACCUGCAACACCAACUAGACAGAAACGUCGCUAUUAAACACUACAAAUGCAGACAGUGUGUGCAGCAGCUGUCUUGUCUCUAAGGGGACAAACAGCUCUGUUGUCUCAGGCCAGGGGAAAGGCGUGGGACCCCACUACGUUGUAUGUAUUGGGAAGGGGGCCCUUUCAGAUGAUUUUGUCCCGGGCCUAGUAAAAGCUGUCAGCGGCCGUGCUGUCAGGUGUGCGUUCAUUUGUUCGAUUACAAAUCAUGUGAAUGUAGUAUAGGUCAGUAUGCUACUACAACUACUACUACUAUUGCCCAUGUGAACAUAGGCAUACCAUUUUAAUCAAAUGCAUAUAUGUAUUUCAAGUGUACCAUAUUGUAUUAGUGUAUAGUAGCUGUUUUUUGAGUGUAUUUCUUAGCUAGCCUUAUUGUGAGCAUAAUUUUAUUGAUUGAUUUUUUUAUGCUUUAGUUUGCACAUUUUUUAACCAACAUAACCAGAGGUCAAAACCUCAUGUCUAAAAACAUACUUAAAAAGUUACGUGUGUGUGCGUGAGAGAGUGUGAGCGUACAUACAAGUGGGUGCACGCGUGUCUAGUAAGGCAAAUCCCUUGCCAACCAAAGAUGACCUAAUUCUGAAGUAUGCUCUUUGGAACAUGAUCUGUUCCGAUGCGUCAUAUAUCAUGGAUGGGAUUGUUUAAUUCAAUAGGACAGUUCAUUUAUACGUAGGUCAGAAGGUUUCACCUCCUAAUGUGACUGACAUUUGUGUUUGUCAGUAAGCGUCACCAAUCAUGUGCCUGUUUUGUUGUUGUUUUGUUCAUUUUGUUUUGUUUGUUUGUUUAUUUCUAUGUACUAUUUACUUCCCUCAUCCACUACAUGUAUCAUAAAGUCGCCAAAGGCAAGGAAGCUACAUUGCUCUUGCUUCUGUGUUCUGCAUGCCCUUUUUGGACCAUGCGUCCACCAAACUGAGACAUCCACCUAAAACGCUUACAGUGCUCACCUGCAAUAAAACGAGUAAUUAAAAAGA